AUGCUCGAAGGAUCACCCACUCCUUGGUCCUAUGUUUUGAUUCGUCUUCUCUUCAGAUUUGUGCUAAAGAUAUUCUAUGGGACAAUCGUCAUAGAAGGCAUUGAUCUCGUACCAGAAACCGGAAAGCCAUGCAUUGUAUGUGCAAACCACAGCAAUUCCUUGACGGAUGCAUUACUUCUCGUGACCUCCAUACCUUCAAAGAGGCGAAACAUGCUCCGGCUCACUGCGAAGGCAACGCAGUUCGGGCACAGGACCUUCACAAGCUGGCUAAUAGAGUCUGCUGGCACAGUCCCAAUCAAGAGGCGUAAGGAUAGUGCGGACGGAAAAGCAGAUAACACGGAUGCGAUGCUAAAGCUUAUGGAAGCGUUGGAGUUGGGUGAUGCCAUCUGUUUAUUUCCUGAGGGGAUGAGUCGCUUCCAUCCAACUAUUGCGCCGUUGAAAACUGGCGUGGCACGACUGGUAUCGGACGUACUAACAAGGAACCGUAACGAUCCGGACUUUGAAGUUUCGGUAUUGACAUGUUCCAUUACGUAUAUGCAUCGGCAACAUUUUCGUUCCGAUGUUUUAGUAUCAUUUCAUACACCCACGACAUUCACGCCCAAGAAUAAUCCAGAGCUUCUCGCUCCUGUAGAUUUUGACCAGAUUCGGUCCCUCACCUCUGAAAUGCAGAAGAUUAUCAGUGCUGGAACACUGGACUCUCCCACUUGGGAUCUCAUCCGUACAGCAAAACUCGCUGCGCGGAUGUACGCCCCCCUUGGGACGCUCAUGACCCUCGGCGACUACGUUCGUCUCAUACGACAAUUUCUUGAUGCAUUCAAAAACGCUGAACCACAUACACCUCCCAAAGAUCGAGGUAUAGAGCGGGAAGGCAAUCUUGUCCUCAACACAUCAGAUGUAUUUGCUUUACAAAUUGAUUUAAAGGGAAGACAGGCAUACCAAGACCAACUUUCUCAUUGUGGUAUCAAAGAUGAUCGGAUUCGUCGCCUAUUGCCACGGCGCACCAUCUUUUCCAGGAUGUUGAUUCGACUCUUGUGGUCCCUUUGUCUUUUUACGAUAUCCCUGCCAGGGUUGAUUCUCUGGCUCCCUGUAUUUGCGACGACUUUUUACGCUGUCCGUAACUUCAAGAAGACUGGUCCAAUAUUUGACACCUGGGACGAAAUCGCGCAGUAUAAACUCAUUUAUGGGCUUAUUUCGGGACUUUGCGUUUGGUUUGCAGCAGUGGCGCUAACGUGGCCCAUUGCAUUGUUUACAAUGUUUCUCGUGCCGUCUCUCAUGUGGAUAACCCUUCGUUGGUGCGAAGAUGCCGUGUCCGCCUUCCGGGCCUUCACCUCCCUUCUGCGCCUUCUCCAGGUUGGGAAACCAACUCUGAAAGGCAUGCAAGAAAAGAGAAGGGAGCUCUACAAUCGUGUCAUGGAUCUCGCAACGUCUUCCCUUGGAUUGCCUGAAAAUCCAGAGACCCACUUUGCGCUGUCUGGCGGCAAGGAAAAGGGGAGGGUGCGAGGGAGUUGGGAUAGUCGGGCCAGAUAUUUUUCAAUCAAGCGCAGGAGGAAGAGGGAUUGGAACGAGACACUGCGUUUGUAUGAUAAAGUCGAUUAUCCAGCAGACGACUCUGAGUGA